AUACUAAUUGAUGAUAAUGUUGAGCUAACUGAUGAUGAUAUUAUUGCAAGUAUCUGGUUAUCAAAAACUAAAGAUGAGUAUGAUCCUGAUAAGAAAGAACUUUCUAGUAUUUUACCAAUUAAG